GUCUGAAGAAGUUACUUACGCAGAUCUAAAUUUUCAGGACUCCAGUAAAAGGAAAAGUAUCCAGGGUUCUGGCACAGUUGGGAUAAAAGUUGCUUCAAUUUGACCAUUUCCAUCUGAGAAAUCAAAUUUUGUUCAGAGAAGUCUGCCAAACAGUCCUCUGUAGCAAUAUGUAACUAAGUAGGAGAACAUGAACUUUGAACUGAAAGCACCUCCUGCUACUUCCCAUGUAUGGCAUCAGAGAGCCUUGGCUUUGACUCUUCUUUGCCUUCUGCUGCUGAUUGGACUGGGAGUCUUAGGCAGCAUAUUUUAUAUGACUUUGAAGAAAGAAAUGAGAAAAUUGAAUAACCUACAAAAUUUCAAAGAAGAACUUCAGAGAAAUGUUUCUCUACAAUUGAUGCAUAGCAUGAAUAGUUCCAAGAUGAUCAGGGACCUAUCUCUCACUCUGCAAGAAAUAGCCACCAAAUUAUGUUAUGAGCUCUAUAAAAGACAACCAGAGCACAAAUGUAAACCUUGUCCAAAGACAUGGAUAUGGCAUGAAGACAACUGUUACCUAGUAUCUAUGGAUUAUGUAACAUGGCAAGAGAGUGCCAUGUUCUGCUCUGCUCAGAAUGCCAGCCUGUUGAUGAUUAAGAAUAAACAUGUAUUGGAAUUUGUAAAAUCCAGGAGGUUACGUAACUACUGGCUGGGAUUACCUCCCAGAGAAGAUUAUAAUUCUGUGAUAUUGGAUGAGAAAAUUUUAUCCUCCAACUGGUUUAUACGAAAUGCAAAUGAGGUAGAUAAUAGGAAGCUUUGUGGAUAUUUAGACACAACAUAUAUUUACUAUACAUACUGCACUAACACAAAGAAUAUUAUAUGUGAGAAGCUGGCUAACCCAGUAAAGAUUGAGAACACACUAAUGAGUGAAACAUCAGAUAGAAAAUAUAAUUAGUGCAUGUAGUUUGCUAUUAUUCUGCCAUCUAGGCAACUGUAUGGAGCAUACAUCUUGGAGAUGACACAAAUGGAAUACAGAUGCUUGGAGACUAAAUCUUUGCCUUACCAUGUACAUUUUUCAACCUUCUCUCUCUUCAUUUGCUAUGUAAAAGGAGCCUACAGUCAUACCUUAUUGUCUCAAUACAUGCCAGAUAUUGUUGAGCAUAAAUUCAGUGUAUUGGGUGCACAUACAGAAAACUGAAACUCACUUUUCCUGCUUUUCCAGAAAUAAACAAGGCAAAUGUCAACCUUAUAGGACAUCAGGGAAAAUGAAAUCUAGAAAUUAAUUAUAUAGAAAGGGCAAUACAUCACAACCAACUGGGAUUUAUUUUGGUAAUAUUGCAGUAGGGUCUCCUCCCUAAGGAGAGAGAAAAAAAAGGGAGAGAAAACUUCAAGGUAACCUAGCUAUGCACCCAUGUGACAACAUCCCUCAUGACCUUGUAAACUGAGACUACUUAAUCAGACUACAUGUUGUGUAUGUUACCAUAUAUGGGAGACAAAAAAUAGAAAACGUAUAAAAAACUAUGCCACGUGAUGUUUGGUGCUCAGUUCUUUGAGUACUAACCCAACUGAUCAGUGCUGGCAUGAAUAAAGUUGCUUCCUGGAAGUUAAAAAACCUAGGUGUCACAACUCUCUCUGAGAGAAUUCUGCUACAAUACAGGUGGAUUUACAUUUUAGGGAAAAAAAUAAGAAAGAGAAAGAAAAAGAAAAAAUCUAUUAUGUAGAUGUAGAAAAGCAUUUGAGAAAAUUUUAUACCUAAUCUCUCAAGAAACUAGAAGCAGAAGAUUUUCCUAAUCUGGUAAAGAAUGUUGACAUCAAAAGACGGAAAAGAAAAACAAAUGGAACCAAAAACUAACAACAACCAACUGUAAACCUAACAUCGUGCUUCUGGUAAAAGUGAAUGUUUUGCUUUUGAAUUCAGAAAUAAGAUCACAAUGGCCUUUAUCAAUCAUAUUAUUCAGUAAUCUAUACUGUCUAUUAUUGGAGGCCCUCACAGUAAACUAAGGCAAGAAAAAUACAUUUAAAUAUAUAAAAAAUGAGAAAGGAAGAAAUAAAACAUUUUUAUUUGUAGUGAAUAUAUUUGUGUAUAUGUGUGUGUAAAAAUGAUAUAACUUAUAAGUUACCCUAAUAAACCGCUAGCUCACUAAUAGUUUACAAAUAUUAGAAUACAUAACUUAUCAGACUUGUUGGAUAAAGGCUCAAAAUAUCAUCUUAAUGUGUAACAUCAAUUAUAUUUCUGUAGGUUAGCAGUAAACAAUGGGAAAAAUAUUUAAAAAGCAAAACUGUUUAUAACAGCGUUCACAAAUAAAAUAGUAGUAAAUGCAAUCAAAUGUGGAAAACUUUCUGCCCAAUCCUGGUUCCUUUCCCUCUCUCACACAGGUGGUAACAUUGAGGGUGCUCUGUAAUAAACCUGAUCUUGAGCUCACUGA